AUGCCUGACCAGGAAACAGGGACCAAGCGCUUUGAGCCCAAAACUCCAGUUCAACUUGAUCCUCCCAAAGACGACCCGAUCACAGUUGAGGAAUUGUCGAAAUGCGACGGAACUGACCCAAGUCGCCCAACAUAUGUCGCUAUCAAAGGAACCGUUUUUGACGUGAGCAAAAACGCCGCAUAUGCGCCUGGAGGACAAUACCACGUCUUCGCCGGCAAAGACCCCUCUCGCGCAUUGGCUACUUCAUCAUUGAAAGUCGAGGAUUGCCGUUCGGACUGGGAGGACUUGGAUGACAAGUCGAAGACGGUUUUGGAUGAGUGGUUCCUUUUUUUCAGUAGAAUUGCAAUAUACCGAGUAUACUGGUGA